AUGCCGAAGGAUUUCAAGGCGAAGCUGCAAAAAGGCGAAUGCAAGUCCCUCUUUGCGCGAGGCAUCAUGGCCCUCACUUGGCAGGACCAAAAGCAGGUCACAAUGCUGUCAACCUGCCACAGUUCAACUGUUCUCACUGAUACCGGAAAAAAGGGUCGCAAGAAUGGCUUGCCAGUUCUGAAGCCGCAGGUUGUAAUCGAUUACAACCGAGGCAUGGGUGGAGUGGAUCGCAAGGACCAACAACUGGCUUCCUUUCCAAUUAUGCAAAGAUACGCCAAAGGCUACAAGAAAAUCUUCUUUUAUAUUAUGGACAUCGCUGUUUAUAAAAGCUACGUUUUAUCUGCCAAAGCAUCAGGCAAGCGGCUCCACUACACAGACUGGAAAGUGAACCUCGCAGAGGAGAUUCUCGAAGCGGCCGUUUUGCCCCAGUACCAUGGUCGACGUAAGCCGCCUGUCGCGGCUACACCAAUGCGGCUGCAGGCUUCCGAGUGGGCUCAUUUUCCUAGCAAUAUCCCACCAAACAAAAUCAAGCAGAAUCCAUCGAGGCUAUGCUUAGUCUGCAAGACACACAGGAAAAAGUCAGAGAGCCGAUGGGAACGUGAAAAAUGUGAAGUUGCACUUCACAUGCCUGUGUGCUUCAAAGCUUUUCAUACACGCAAAUCAUAUUAG